AUGGUGGACGUCCCGGAGGAACCUUUGAAGGGCCUUGCUCUGUAUCAUGCGCUCCUGGAGAAGUUCCGCGCUGCGUCAAAUGCUGAGGGGAAAUUGGACUGCGAGAAACUUGCCGAUGCGGCGAUGCAAAUAUCUGUUGUGUACGAACUCGUUUUUGGAAAGGGUUUCAUAUCUCGGCAUCUGAAGCAAGAUAUCGCAAAUUCUUCUGGCCGAAUGCGAGAAGCAGCAAAGGCGCUGAGUGAGAGUCGAGGCGGGGGCCCAGUGACUGCUGACGAAUUGAUCAAAUGGGAGAUAUGUCAGCUUGGAAUUCCUCGAAUGCGCAAGGACCAGAAGAGCGGCGUACGGGGAAUGCUGUGGAUGCAACGAGCGCUAGACUUUGUCUUCACUCUCAUUUGCAACAUGUUCGGGACCAUGAAGACUGCUACUGCCAAAGAAUGCGCACUGGAUGCUUAUGAUCGCAUUCUAAAGCCUUACCACAGUAAGCAGAAGCAGGCAAAUCGCUAA